AUGACGGUGUGCAAAUUCUACCAGCAAGGCACUUGCAAAUUUGGCAAUAGCUGUCGAUUCGAACACCCCGCGCGCAGCCAGCCGCAGUCAAACCGUUUCGGCCCUUUGGCAGCAGGAGCACCACCGGCCACAGGCGGCGGCGGCACUCAAAACAACCCGCUACUCACAAAGUACAAUAUCUCGGCCGAUGUCAUCACCAAGGACCUGACCAUCGAGAAGCCGCAAUGGAUCCUCUCCGCCUACGCGCCCGGCAGAGAUGCCCCGGACCAGCUGUUUGGAGGCUUCCCCCGCGAGCAGAGCUUCGAGGAGCUCCGGCUCCACUACAUGGCGGGCAAGGCCUCGGGCAAUGAGCAGCAAGCGCUCAGCCAAGCCCAGGAGCUCUAUCAAAACGCUCAGCAGCAAAUGGAAAAUGCCCUGCGCAACGCCCAGGAGGCGGCCCAGUUCGUGGCCGAGGGGGAGAACAGACACCCCAACAGGCACGACGUUUGCCGCGAGGGGACACAGGGCGCGCCCUUUGGGGAGUUCCUCGUAGGCAGGCGGCCCAAGCCCGCGGCCAACGCUCCGGCCCAGCCCAAUCCGUUUGCCUCGGGGGGCGGUACCACGCCGUCGGCUUUUGGCGGAGGCGCGCCAUCCACGAGCGCCUUUGGCCAGCCAUCCGCCUUGGGCCAGCGACCGAAUUCCUUUGGAAAUCCGGCCUUUGGGCAGCCGGCGCAGCCGUCAUCGUCGCCGUUUGGGCAAGCGGCCUCGGGGGGAGCCUCGGCCUUUGGCCAGGUCGCGCAACCUGCAUCUGGUUUUGGACAGCCAUCUGCUCUCGGAGCCAAGCCCAAUCCAUUCAGCGCCCCUGCGUUUGGACAGCCUGCGCAGCCAGCACAGUCGAGUGCGCCGGGCAGUGCAUUCGGACAGCCGAGUGCUCAGGGCAAUGCUUUUGGCCAGCCAAGCCAACUCGGGCAGACACCGAAUUCCUUUGCGACCAAUGCCAAUGCAGGUGGUGCAAACUCCAGUCCCUUUGCUACGAUGGGCACCAACGGCAACAGCUCGGCCCCCGCCAUGAACCCCUUUGGGGCCCCGAGCUCGAACCAAGCUAACGCGACCGCCAGCCCCUUUGGCCAGCCGCCUGCACAAGCGCCGAACCCCUUUGCGUCAGCCCAGCAACAACCGGCACAAGAGGCUAAUAACCCAUUUGCUCAGAACGCGCGGCCUUCGACAAACGGCACGUUUGGACAGCCCGCCAAUCCAUUCGCGCAGAAACCCGCCCAGAACGCGGCCGACCCGAUGGCGCAACAACAAGCUGGCGUCUCGCGACCCAAUGCCUUUGGUGCUCCUCAGACGGGACAGGCAUCCGCGGCUGCCGCCGCCGCGAAUCCUUACCCGCCAGGCAGCACAAGACAACAUCCGCCGUUGGAAAGCUAUGCCACCAAAGGCAUGGACGGCCGGUUGGCCACGUUCAAGGGCAAGCCGGUGGCGUACAAGGACGGCAGGCCGGGAAACCGGGCCUUUGACGGCACGUGGACGCGCAUCUGGUUUCCUGACGGGCCGCCCGCAUAUUGCAAGGACACGGAGCUGCCGCCGCAGCAGUACGAUGACAAAUGCAAGGCUCAGUGGGAGGCUUUUGCCCACACAGAGACUUUUGCGGGUGGGCGUAUGCCGGAGCUGCCGCCACCGCGAGAGUACACGCGAUGGGACUUUUGA